AUGCAUGAAGCUAAAGAGGAAAACAAUUCAUCAUCAGUUGUCAAACAGGAAUCACCGAGGCCUGCACCAAAAGAAGGACAGAAACACAUGCCUAAUUACAUUACUGAGAAGAAGUUUGACAGAUACAUAGAGAAAGUUUGGAAACGAUUGCUCAAACAAGAUCCAAUUGCCAAAUUCAUCGCCGAUUCAAAAUUGGGGUUCAAAGAAGAUGAAUAUAUAGGAGAAGAAGAUUUCGGUUCGUGCUUUAUGCUUUCUUCUGCUCAAAACCCUGCUGUUUACGAGAGAUUAGACCCUCCUAAUGACAUAACUAUCCAUUCCCUACAGAAAGCCACCGAUGCUGCUGUUUUUCCAUUAGUAACUCCUCCUUCUAACGUUGACACUGCCGAUAAGCUAUUGAAGCCAUCUACGGAUACUAUAGAUAUACCAGGCGAUUGGCUUGCUAAGCUUGAUCUUACGUCCGCAGGUCUUACAUUCGAUCAAGAAAAUCGCCUACGUCAACUUUUAUCGAACUAUCCGGAUAUUUUCUCUUCAAAACCAGGGCGAACUGAUGUUGUUCGACAUCAUAUCGAUGUGGGCGAUUCUAAACCUAUAAAACAAGGCCCUUAUAGGUUAUUAAAUCCUGAAAGAAAAGUGGAAUAUUCGAAUCAAACUACAGAAAUGCUUCAGAAUGACAUCGCAGGGCCCAGUUUCGGUCCUUGGGGUAGUCCUGUCACUCUUGUUCCCAAAAAAGAUGGCUCACUCCGUUUUUGCAUCGAUUUUCGAAAGCUCAACGAUAUUACCAUCAAAGACACAUACCCUAUUCCCCGCAUCGACGAUACUCUUGAUGCACUAAAAAGUGCUAAAUAUUUUAGCACUCUAGAUCUCCUCGGACUUCUGGCAGGUUGA